GGAGCGCUGAGUGAGAAGUGGGUGGAUGUGGGCUGAAUGUUUUACUUUUGUAUGAGUGCCACACUGCUUUGAAUUUUAUUAGGCGGCGAUGAGCGUGCGGCCGGCUGGCGAGGGGGUCGCCGAGGAGGGCGGGGAAGCCGAGGGCGAGGAGCCCGGGGCGGCCGCGGCCGGCCCCUCACCCGCCGAUGAGUCCUCCGACAGUGACGGCGAGACGGAGCCGGCGCGCUCCUUCCACCGCAAGAUCUCCACCAACAAGGACAUCAAGUGUUCGGUGUGUACAAAAGAGGGGUACCUGAUGAAACAGACGUCUUCAUUUCAACGAUGGAAACGGAGAUAUUUUAAACUCAAAGGCAAUAAACUCUACUAUGCAAAAGAUACGAAGUACGUCGUGUUCGACGAGAUUGAACUCACGGACCUGAGCAUCGCCGAGAGCAAGACGGGCGGCAGUCACUGUUUUCAGGUGAUCACCGCCUUCCGGUGUCUGACGCUGCGGGCAGAGACUCGCCGGCAGAUGGAGGAGUGGACGGCGGCGCUGAAGAGCGCCAGCAAACGACAGUUUUAUGAGGGCAUGGACCAUCUUCACUCGCUGCUGUCGGGCCAGCACAACUGGCAUGUCAUGUCACACGCCCGGCCGACCUAUUGCAACGUCUGCAGAGAGGCGCUAUCAGGGGUGACCUCACACGGACUCAGCUGUGAGGUCUGCAAGUUCAAGUGUCACAAACGCUGCGCGGCGCACGAGUCGACGCCGUGCAAGUGGACCACUCUGGCCAGUGUCGGGAGGAACAUCAUCGAGGAGGAGGAUGGGACGCUGUCAAUGCCGCACCAGUGGCUGGAGGGAAACCUGUCCGUGUCCGCCCGCUGCAUGGUGUGCGACAGGACCUGUGGCUCCGUACUCAGGCUGCAGGACUGGCGGUGUCUCUGGUGUAAGGGCACCGUGCACGCGGCCUGCCGAGCCACCGUGCCGGCGCUCUGUCCUCUCGGAGUCUGCAAGGUGUCUGUGGUGCCGCCGAUCGCGCUACACAGCAUAGGUGCGGACGAUAGCUGGGAGGCUGCCCGGCCGCUCGGCUGCUCGCCUUUACUUGUGUUUGUCAACUCAAAGUCGGGCGACCACCAGGGCAUCAAGUUCCUGCGCCGGUUCAAGCAGCUGCUCAACCCGGCCCAGGUGUUUGAUCUGAUGAACAGCGGCCCCGCACUCGGGCUGCGGCUGUUCAAGAAGUUUGACCAGUUCCGAAUACUUGUGUGCGGCGGCGACGGCUCCGUCAGCUGGGUGCUGUCACACAUCGAUAAACUGGACAUGCACCGUCAGUGUCAGGUCGGUGUGCUGCCGCUGGGCACCGGUAACGACCUGGCUCGCGUGCUGGGCUGGGGCAGCGCCUGUGACGACGACGCCAACCUGGCGCACAUGCUGGAAAAGUACGAGUGCGCCACCAUCAAGAUGCUCGACAGGUGGAGUAUCAGUGCGAUGAGUACCACGGUGCGUCUGCAGGCGGCCGUCCCGUCCGCGGACGCCAUUGCCGCCUAUGAAGAGUCGGUCAGCGACCAGCUGGCGCGUCUGCUGCACUCGGAGAGGCACCCGGAGCUGCUGCAGGCCGCCAGUGUGCUGUGUGAGACCGUGCGAGACCUGAUCGCUCGGGUGGGCAGCUCGACUGGCGACUCCACGCCCGCCGUCGGACGCAAGUGUGAGGUCCUCAACGAGAAGCUCUCACUGCUAAUGGCCGCUCUGAAGGAGGAGGAACCAACCGUGCCCCCCGCGAGCGCCGGCCGCCGGGCGCGCACCGCGCCCGCGCCCGCUCCUGCUGCGUUCGUACCGCGAGACACACUGAUGCUGCGAGCCAACAGUCUGAAGAAGGCUAUCCGUGAGAUAAUGGCACACGCUGAGCACACCAUCGACGAGCGGACGGCGGCGGCCGGCGCGGCCACGGCGGCUGCCGAGGCAGAAACGGAGACAAAGACGGAGACGGAGACGGCGGAAUGGCAGGUGGAGCCGUCGCCGUCGCCGAUGGCCUCGCCGUACCGGAUGGCCGGCUCGAUGACCACCUCGUUCCCGGUGCGGCCGUGGCCGGCCGGCGGCGCGCCGCCCUGGACCGUGCGCCAGCCGUCACCUCUGCUGGCCGGCAGCACCGCCGCCCCGGCGUGCACGGUCCCAGAGCUGGCCGUCGAGCCGGCCUCGCCCGAGGACUCGCCGCUGCCCACCCACGCGCCCGUCGAGAGGAGGCCCAGCGAGGAGAUAUCGCAGCUGUUCGCGGCCAGCGCCGGGGCCGGACAUGGUGACGGGGAUAAGACGCCGUCGCCGCCGAACCCGCUGUCCAUCAGUCCGCUGCCGGCGGUGCGCGGCGAGACACCCAGUGAGCUGGAACCUCUGCCCGACAUCCCCGCUCCGACGCCGUUCGCCGACGGACGCCGGCCGUCCGAGGGAGACGUCGAGCCGGUCGGCGAGCAGGGGCCGGCGAGCGGCGAGGGCGAGCGGGAGACUAUCGGCGAGGGCGAGCGGGAGCCGAGCGGCGAGCGUGACUCCAGCGCGGAGCCGGAGCCGGAGCCGGGGAGGGAGCUAACGGGCCUGCUCGGCUCUGAUACUGUCCAGCUGAGGAUCAACUCGUCGGCCGAUAGCCUGCUGGAUGGAUUCGACGACGACGAGCCGCUGCUGGUGGAGCAGAAAUCGGUCAGAGACGGCAGCGGGGAGUCGAGCUGUGCCGACACCCCGCCGCUGAUGGCGAAACACGCCGCCGAGCUGGAGCGGCUGGACGGAGACGGCGACAGCACCGACUUCAGCGGGACGACGGCCGUCGCGGAGCCAGUCGCGGCGGCGCCGCUGGAGCCGCCGGCCCCGCCGGCCGCCGCCGGGGCCUCGCCCGACCACCACCGGCGCACGCCCAUCAUCAACCCGCUGGUCUGCCUGCCGGCCUGGCCCAAUGUCUCCAGCUCCGGCGGCGGCCUGAUCCAGAACGUACUGAUGGCCCACGCUGACGCCCUGUGUGCCGCCGCCAGUCCGCUGGUCGCCAUGCAGCACACACUGUACAGCAACGGCUUCGAGGAGAAGGGCGUCAUGAACAACUACUUCGGGAUCGGCAUUGACGCCAAGAUCUCGCUGGACUUCCACAACAAGCGCGAGGGCAACCCUCAGAAGUGCCGGAGCCGCACCAAGAACUUCAUGUGGUACGGCGUGCUCGGCAGCAAGGAACUGAUACAGAAAACCUACAAGAACCUGGAGCAGCGUGUGAAGCUGGAGUGUGACGGCCACGUCAUCCCGCUGCCGUCGCUGCAGGGAAUCGUGGUGCUCAACAUUCCCAGUUUCAUGGGCGGCACCAACUUCUGGGGCCGCCGGCGCGACGAGGAUUGUUUCCUGUUGCCCAGUUUCGACGACCGCAUCCUAGAGGUGGUGGCGGUGUUUGGUACCGUUCAGAUGGCCGCCAGUCGUAUCAUCAACCUGCAGCAUCACCGGAUCGCCCAGUGUCAGACCGUCAAAAUCACCAUACUCGGUGACGAGGAGGUGCCCGUGGAGGUGGACGGGGAGGCCUGGGUGCAGCAGCCGGGCGUCAUCAAAAUCACCCACAAAAACCGGGUGCAGAUGCUCGCCAGAAAUAGGAGUCUGGAGGCCUCUCUGCGCACCUGGCAGGAGAAGCAGCAGCGGCGCCAGUCGGUCACCCUGAGCGCCUCGCUGACCGACGACGAGCAGAUUCUGCUGCGGGAGCUCAUCGAGUCAUCGCUGCACUUCGUCAGGACCAGUAAGCUGUUUAUGAAGCGUUACGGCGGUCUGCCGGGCGGUCGGGAGCUCCAGCAGGCGGUCGGACAGACCACGGCCGUCCUAGAGAGACUGGCGCCGGCAGCGGGCUCCUCCGGCACCGGAGCGCCGCCUCUCGCCGAACUGGGCUCCCACCGUCCGGAGGUCUCCGAUCUAGUGACCUCGGUUCGCUCCCUCCACUCGCAAAUGGCCGACUUCCUGCACGAGUGUGGCUCACACAUUAACCAGUGCGGUGGCCUGGAGGAGCAGCUGGUGACGGCCAUGUCUCAGCUCGAGGCCGAGUUACGACACGCCCAGUCCGUGCACGGAGCCGUCCAGUUCACAGCGGCCACAGACCCGGCGGAGCCGGGCGCGGAGAAGCAGCGCCGCCAGUCGCGCGGCGGCCUGUUCCGCCGGCGGCUGCGGCGCGAGGGCCGGCCGCCGGCGGCGCCGUCGCCCGGUCCGCCGCCGCCGGCCGGCGCUGCCGCCGUGGCCGCCUGGACCACAGAGGAGGUGGUGGCCUGGUUGGAGAGUAUCGCGCUGCCAGAGUACCGCAACAGCUUCAUACGACACGACGUGCGCGGCCCGGAACUGCUCAGCCUGGAGCGCAGGGACCUCAAAGAGCUCGGUAUCGUCAAGAUCGGCCAUAUCAAGCGAAUACAGCAAGCCAUCAAGGAAAUUCGAAACACCCCUUAGCUGUAAUCGUUCUCAGGGACUUGUCUGUGGUUUCUAGUUUGUUUUUAUUCAUUUACCCUGACUGUGUGCGUGACGCGAUUCGGAGACUGCUUCGUAUGACCAGAACGGCCUUUGAGCCGAUAGUGUGAAACGGUUGGGCCAAUUUCUAAGUGUAAAUUGCGUGUUUUUACCUCGUCUGUUUUAUUUAUAUCGAUGAUGAUCAUGUUCACCGUCGCGGUCUGGACCAGUUUAGUGACAUUCGCCGGCGUUCCUCUGAGCGCCGGCGGCGGUUUUAGUUCCCGUGUGGGACGCUCCGAGUGGUGCCGGCGGCGCCGCGCCGGAGAGGGCCGUCUGUUCCCCGGCCCGGUGCCGGCCACUAGUGGGACUCGUGCCCAGUUCCUACACCUUGGUCUCAGUCGGCGGCACCGCGCCGCCGUGUGGGGCGGCACAUUCCGGCGGCCGCCUCACCCGCCCCCGCCCCCGCCCCCGCCCCCGCAUCAUCUACCUCGUAGCCCGACAAUGACAGAGAGAGAGCGCGAGAGAGAUGGAGGACGGUUGUCCGCGUGCACCGCGCUGUCGCACAACUCGCCCCGGUGCACCGUGCUGUCUCAUGGUGUGCGGCACUGGAUAGUCUUUAAGUGGGUUUUGUGUACCCCACUCAACCACGGUGCCGCCUUCGCUUCGGUCCUUCGCUGGCAAUAAGCAUGUGUGCGCACUGUCUGUAUACCUACGCUUAGUAUGUUUGGAGAAUGACCGCGGACCGGGUUGUAAAAGUGUGUGUGUUUGGGGGCAGUGGGAGUGUAGAGAAGCGAGCUUUACGGGCGGAACGGAGUGUGUCUGGGUGAGGUUGAUGUUACCGGGGAUGUGAAUGCAGCCCACUGAGGCCGGGUCGCCCGCCGCUCCGGCGUCUGAAGGUCCCUCUGACCGACCUCUGUCUGCGGGAGGUGCGGCUCCGGAUUCCUGUGUUCCCUGGCGAUCCAGUCCCGACAUACCGUGUUCCGCGGCGGCCCCGCCGGACGCCUGUGCCCCUCAGGACCGGCCGCGGUGCCGGCUGCACGCCUUCUGUUGUUUCAUACCACCGAUAUGGCCGUCAGUGAUCGUUGUGUGGCCGCCCGAGUGCGGUCCACUCUACUCUUAUAUCUGGGCCCAGUGCCUCUCUAUCUCUGACAUGCACGCGAUGUUUGUAUGUGUGGGAAUCUAUGUACGGUUAUAACUGUUGGGGUUUGUGGGUCUUUAUAUUUAUUACCGUUUUAGUCAUCUGACUUUGUACCGGCCCGCCGACGGUUUUACCCAUUUACGCAGUUUGUGCAAUAUACGUGACACCUAUG